CUCGACACUCACUCACGAGCCAUGCAUGGGCACGCCCGCGCCGUCUUGACAACGCUUGACAUCACCACAACAACAAUCCACAUCACACAUCCACAAUGAGAAUGAGGUUAUCUCUGGCCUCCUCGGCCUCGGUCAUCGCAGCCGCAGCCUUGACAACACUCAUCACACUCGCCGCAAACACGCACGCAAGACCACUCGUAAACCUCGACCCAACAGACGCCCAGGCCCCCUUUGAAGCCAGCAGCAACAGCGGCGCCGGCGCAUGGUGGGACCACCACUCGGUCGUUGGCGGCGCUGCCGACUCGCUCACCAUCUGGGGCCGCCUCACCCGCGAUGACAACUAUGCCAUGCUCGUGCGCGUGCUCGAGUUUGAGCAGGACACGAUCGCGCUUCUCGACGACCCCGACGCGCAGAUUACCUUGUUUGCCCCGAGCAACGAUGCACUGCGUGGCGGCGGGCUGAACCCCUCGGCUCCGAGCACGCUGCCCGAUCUCGCGGCAGCGCUGUCCGCGCCCGGCGCCCACGUCCACCGCGCGCGGUGGAAGAACCUCGCGCACAACCUGUUGCGGUACCACAUCGUGCCAUCCCCCGCACCGCUCUCGGCGAUUGCACGCAACUCCACACUGCCGACAGCGCUUAAGCCGUUCGAUGGGAGCGGUGCGGGCAUCGCACGGCGGAUCCACGUCGAGCACAGCCUAGUGCCCCUGCGCCCGGCGCUGCGUGUCAACUGGUGGGCCAAGGUCGUGAGCUCGGCGCCCGCCACCAACGGAUACCUCCACACGCUCGAUCAGGCGCUCGUGCCGCCCAGCUCGGUGUUCGAGGAGAUGUUCCUCGUCUCGCGAUACCUGAGUACGACGACAACGGCGAUCCAGCGAGCCGGCCUCGACCUGGGCUGGGAAGACGGCGAAGGCGAGCCCCUCGUGACGGCGUUUGCGCCAUCCAACGACGCGUGGAACGCGCUACCGGCCGACCUGCACUACUUCCUGUUCUCACGCAAAGGGAACAAGGCGCUCAAGAAGCUGCUCAAAUACCACACGGCGCCGGGCGUGCUGCUGCUGUCCGAGGUCGUCGCUGGCGCCGAGGCCGAGGGCGAGGUCAAGGCGGACGGGACGUUCAAGCGGGUUGUAGAGCUCGAGAGUGGCUCUGGGGAGCAGUUGCAAGUGACGUUGGAGAAGGCUCGGCUGCUGCCUAUUAAUGGCGCGGUCAAGACCAGCGUCAAGAUAAACGGCGUCAAGGCCAGGCUCAUCGAUGUGCCAGCCACCAACGGCGCAUGGCACAUGAUCGACAAGGUGCUGGUGCCGCCGGCGCGCGGCGCGAGCCCGAGGGGAGGAUGGGCAGACUGGCAGUUGUGGCUCGACGACUGGGCUUCAAGCGCAUGACGCGGUGCGCAUGACGAGACGCGACGAGACGAGCGAACGAGCGAGCGAGCGAGCAGUGGCGGCGAUCAGCGACGCCGGCAUACCGGUGCCGUUAAUAAUUGUAUCAAGCUUGAGCAAGCGCAAGCGAGGGUAAUACUCGGGAUGUAUUCUAGUGACCUUGA